UUCUCUUUCUCUUAUCACUUGAGCUACCAGUGUGCUUAACGUACGCCGCCGUGUUGGCUCCCCUUGUAUAUUAUUAAUCCUGCAAAAUUCGAUUAAACGACCCGUCGUAAAUUCAAAUUUGGAAUUUUCGCCCGAUCAGCAGAUAUUAUUUCCGACUUCCGUACUCGAAGCCGGAAAUGUAGGUGAUACGGGGCCGAUACGCCAAAGACGGUUCUGGAAUUCGUAACGAUUGUGUGUGUGUGUGUGGAUCUGGCGGCGGCAGCAGCCCGAGCCAGGACAACAUUCGUGGAGGAGUUGCCUAGAAGCGCCUACGCGAAAGUCCUUCCGUCCGCCCCCGUGAAGAAUAACACCAAAAAAUCGAAAAAGGGGAUAAUGUUUUUCCACGUUUUUCGUAUCGGCUAAACGCACUGGUGAUUUUCAAUGUGCAGUUCGGAUACGACCGUGCGUCCUUGAAUUUGCAGUGAUAGGGCACCGUGUUUAUGGAUGCAUUUGCAAUAAUUCCUAAACACUUAAACCUGUGCUAAGAUGGGGAUUUAAUUGGACCUGGCGCGGCCUAGACUUGCUAAGUUGGCCCGCCGGGUCCUGGACCAGUCAUGCUUAUAAAGGAGUACCGCAUACCGCUUCCCCUAACAGUCGAAGAGUACCGUAUAGCUCAGCUCUAUAUGAUAGCAAAAAAAAGUCGGAAUGAGAGCAGUGGCGCUGGCAGUGGCGUAGAAAUUCUAAUUAACGAGCCUUACAAAGAUGGUCCGGGAGGUCAGGGACAAUACACCAAAAAACUUUACCACGUUGGAAGUCAUUUACCAGGUUGGAUUAAGGGCAUACUACCAAAAACAGCCCUGAUGGUAGAGGAAGAGGCGUGGAACGCCUACCCUUAUACGAAGACGAGAUACACUUGUCCAUUUGUUGAGAAAUUUUAUCUAGAAAUCGAAACGUAUUAUUAUGGAGAUAAUGGGCAUCAGGAGAAUGUUUUCGGAUUGACGGGAAGCGACUUACGUAACAGAAUAGUAGACUUGAUCGACGUAGUCAAGGAUCAGCUCUAUGGUGCAGACUACGUACGAGAAGAAGAUCCGUUAUAUUACGUUUCUGAAAAAUCUGGAAGAGGUCCUCUAACGGAUAAUUGGUUGCAAGUUUACUGGGACGAAGUAAAAGGCAAAUCUCAACCUUCACCUUCUGGAAAGGCCCUCAUGUGUGCAUACAAACUGUGCCGCGUUGAAUUUAGGUACUGGGGAAUGCAAACAAAAAUCGAAAAAUUCAUUCACGACAUAGCGUUGCGAAAAACGAUGUUAAGAGCACACCGACAAGCGUGGGCGUGGCAGGACGAGUGGCAUGGAUUAACAAUGUCAGAUAUCAGAGAAAUAGAAAGACAGACGCAGCUAGCUUUAAAAAGAAAAAUGGGUCAGGUGGAAGAUGAAUUUGAUGAAGAUGAUAACUUGAACAACAGCACCUCCAAAGAAGACCCAUGUAAAACUUUAGCCGCCACUUUAGGCAGUAUAGAAGUUUCAGAGGAUAGUCCCCUGUUAGGAAAAAACCCAAACAUUCCGAAUAUCCAGACUACUACCAGUUCGGAUGGUGAUUUGUCAGCAGAUGAUGAAAUGGGGUUGCCCUUGAAGGUGGAAGACAAACUAUGGCAACAACCUCGGAGCUUGCAUUCACCGAGUUCAGCAUCAGUAAAGAGUUUUGAUCUCCAGGUGGCAAAUUGGAGAAUCGAGAGCCUUGGAAGGGAUUCCGAGUCGGGAUCGGACGAAGAGUUUUUCGACUGCGAAGAUUCGUCUUCCCUUGCAAAAUGGAGUUCCCUCGAUCUGCUAACUGAAGAGGACUUGGAGAGUGCUUCUCCCACUAUCAGCAAUGACAAGAAUGAUGACAGUAUAUUUUCGCCGACAUUCCUCCAAAGAGUUGCAAGCGAACGAGGCACCAGGAAAGUUGUUCACAGAGGUAAGGUAAAUUCCUUGGAUACUACGCGCUCCGAUUCGCCCACCACUACGCAAGCCCCGUGCAGUACUACAGUUUUAAUAUUGGUUCUUCAUGCGGGAAGCGUUUUGGACGCCGACGUUGAUUUAGCGGCGAAAAAAUCGGACGUCACGACUUUUAGAGGUGCGUUCGAAUCAGUAAUGCGUCAGCACUACCCCUGCCUAAUUGGACAUAUCGCCGUGAGGCUGGUCCUGUGCCCCUCUGUUUGUACAGAGAGUUUAGGUAUCUUGUCAAGUCUUAGUCCCUAUAGUUUUGAUGUUUCACCAUCUAGUGUCGAAUUUCCUCAAGUAACUCACGAUUCCAUACCCAUCGGUGCGAUCCCAAUACUAGCAACAUCGAAUAGUGACUAUGACGAAGCAGUGUCAAAGACAAUCAAUGCGGCAAAUGCGACAUACCAAGAGUUUAUAAAGUCUGACGAAGGGCAAGGAUUCUCGGGACAAGUGUCAUUUGUGGCUGAUUCCAUAGGUUCAGUACUGGGGUACGACGCGCUUUGCAGAUCUAGCAAGUAUUGUUCGAGACAUGCCAGCGAAAAUAAUAUUCUGGACGACUGUAAAGUUCUUCUAGGUGACGAUUUGUCGAUCGACACCAGUUAUCUUUCCGCGUUGCCGCAGCGAAGAAAAUCUUCGUUGGGCGACAGUACUCAAAUUAAGUUGGAUUUCGAAGUGUCGGAUUUCUUUCUAUUCGGUAGUCCCUUGGCGUUGGUACUCGCGUAUAGGAAAAUUUCUGCCAACGAAAAGUCAGUGUCUAUCGCUCGACCAUCCUGCCUUCAAGUUUACAACAUGUUUCACCCUACAGAUCCGGUGGCGUCUAGACUGGAACCAUUAAUAUCCGCUAGAUUUGCCAUUUUGCCUCCCAUUAAUGUAUCACGGUACGCCAAAUAUCCUUUGGGAAAUGGUCAGCCAUACCAUUUGCUGGAAACUUUACAAACCAAUCCCCAAAUUUUUAAUGAUCAAGCCCCGCCCAGGCGAUUAUCCGAAGUUUCUAUCCAGAGUACCGUUUCCGGUUUGAUAGAAUCUAUACCACUUCACACGAUAAGCACGCUGCAGCAAAAAUGGUGGGGCGGCAAACGCUUAGAUUACGCCCUUUAUUGUCCGGAAGGUCUUUCCAAUUUUCCCACUAACGCGUUGCCGCACUUGUUUCACGCGAGCUACUGGGAAAGUUGCGACGUUAUCGCCUUUAUCUUGAGGCAGGUGGGCGGGAUAGAAGGGGGCGGGAUGUCAAGCGGAAUGGAAGAGAGGGAGAGCAGUUUUCGACCGGGCCAGCCCCGGGAGAAGUGGAACAAAAAAAGGACAUCCGUUAAGUUGAAAAAUGUCGCUGCCAAUCACAGAGCUAACGACAUAAUCACACGAGAGGGCGCUUCACAGAUACUAGUUGCCCGGUUCAUGUAUGGUCCGCUGGAUAUGAUAACACUUGCUGGUGAAAAGGUGGAUAUUCACGUAAUGAAAGAUCCACCUUCUGGAGAGUGGACGCUGCUGUCAACGGAAGUAACUGAUAAAACCGGCAGGGUAACUUAUACUAUUCCAGAUGAAAAGUCCCUGGGUUAUGGGCUAUAUCCAUUUAAGAUGAUUGUAAGAGGAGACCACACUUCUGUAGAUUUUUUCCUAGCAGUUGUACCACCUAAAACCGAGUGUGUGGUCUUCAGUAUUGACGGGUCUUUUACCGCUAGUAUGUCAGUGACUGGAAAGGAUCCUAAGGUUCGGGCCGGAGCUGUCGACGUAGUUAGGCACUGGCAAGAAUUGGGCUAUCUUAUAAUCUACAUAACAGGCAGGCCGGACAUGCAACAUCGACGAGUGGUGUCUUGGUUGUCCCAACACAAUUUUCCUCACGGCUUAGUCUCUUUUGCCGACGGCCUCUCAACCGAUCCUCUGGGACACAAGGCGGCUUACCUCAACAACCUCAUACAGACUCAUGGAGUUAUAGUGCACGCGGCGUACGGCAGCGCCAAAGACAUUAGUGUAUAUACAAGUAUAGGAUUAAAACCCAAAGAGAUAUACAUCGUCGGUAAAGUAUCUAGGAAGCAACACAGUCUGGCGACCGUGUUGAGUGAAGGUUACGCCGCCCAUCUUGCCUCACUUUUGAGUCACGGCGGGUCCAGACCUGCGCAGGGCAACGCCCGGAUGGUAAUACCUAGAGGAUAUUUUGGUUUGCCCGGACAGGCUAUUAGCAGAAGGCGGAGGUCAGCGAAAAGGGCAACAUCAUACCCGAUAGCGGCAGAGUCGCCACACGUUGAAAGGGCAUUAAGCAGCAAGAAACAUCAUUUCAACAGGCCAGUCUUCACCAUUUUGCCUGUGGGCAAUGCUGAUUCACAUUAAUUAAGCUUUUAAUUAUUUCUGAGCACCACCAUGUUUUAAUCAAAGAUUUACUUCAUCCUCUGGAAAAAGGCAGUAUUUUAUUUUACUCUUACGAAGUAAAAUCAGCCAGCCAAUAAUCUGAAGAUGGAGAUGUUUGUUUAUUGAAUGUGUAUCUUUGUUAAAGACAUACAUAGAAAUAAAUUAUCUUUGUCUACAAACCAUAAUGUAACACAAUUGUCGGUUGACUUAAUUUCCACCUAAGCUUGAAACUCAAAUUUUAAAACAUUCUUUAGCUCGAAUUUAAUAGUUAAAUGGAAGUAAGAAUUUAUUUAUUUAAUUUUGUCGAUAUAGGUGACAACGCACAGCUUUCUUGAAGUAUAGACUGUUUGACUUUACUGUUUCCAUUUUCAAAAAAAUAUUUUUACUGUUUAUAAACGCUGAUUUUUAAUUCAGAAUAUGAUUCAACACUACUGUCACUUGGACAAUCGUGAUUUUCUUAAAGUUAUUAACAAUUUGACGAAAAGAAAAAAAAGCUACUAUUUCUGAAUGAGGAAUACAUAUAUUGAAGUGUCAUCCUUAGACAUUCUUUAUUAUAAACAUGUAAUAACUGAAUAAGUCUAGAAUAUAACAAAAUUGCUUGGCAGAUGUUAUUUAUUGUAUGUCUAUGUAAAUAUAUGUAAAAAUUAACUAGAAAACAGUGAAAUAUUUUAAAUUCAUCUAAAGUAAAAUGUUCUACUUUCUUGCUUAUUUACUUAAGUUCUUUGCUCUCACUCUUUAAAUGUAUCUGAUUUAUUUAAUGUAUUAGCGACAUGUGCUGUUUCUAUAUUCGAAAUGUUAUCUAUGUACCUUAACAAAAAUUGUACAGGAUAAGUUAAAUGUUCUAGGAUGUUUGAUAACUUUUAUACAUUGUUUGAAUAAAUUAUUCAAUUAAUUUUAUAACAAUUUUAAAACUUUUUUUAUGAAAACUAAAAAUUUCUCAGCAGCUCUCAAAAACCUGUAACUUUAUUUUAUUUUCUUGUUCUGUUUACUUUUUUUGCGCUAACCCGUCAGUGCUUUAUAUAAUCAAUAGAUUACUUUACU